AUGUAUGGCAGAAUCCACACAGAAGAGGAUUCCCACGAGUGUAAAGAAAGUGAGAAAGUCUUUAGUUACCACUUGCUUGUUCUGCAGGCACCAACUCAACCUGGCAAGAAACCCUUGGCAUUUGAUCAUUGUGGAAAAUUCUUCAGAAGGAACUAUCACUUUAUAUGUACGAGAUACUGUGAGGGAGCGACAUGCUUCAAUUGUAAAGAAUAUGGGAAAGACCUUGGCCACCCCUCAACUCUUAGCAGUCGUGUGAGUACUCACGGUGGAGAGAAAACUUGUGAGUUUAAUACGUGUGGCAAAGCUUUCCAUCAAGGGGCAUCCCUUAGGAAAUGCUCAAAGACUCUCACAGGAGAGAAGCCUCAUCCGUGUAAUCCGUGUCUUAGGUGCUUCAGCUUACACCCUUCGUUUUCAGUACAUGGGCAAAUACCUGCUGGAGAGGAAUUCUGUGAAUGCCACGAUCAUGGAGAAAGGGCCUCCCUUGGGGUCCACAAAACAACGUGUACCGUGGGGGAAAGCUCAGAACGUAAGGAGCACGGAAAAGCGCUCACCAGUUCCUCGUGCCUUCAGAAAGGUGUGAGACCUCAUGCCAGAGAGAAGCCUUAUGAGUGCGGUGACUGUGGGAAAGCCUUCAUUUUUCAGUCUUCCCUUAGAAAGCACGUGAGAUCGCACACGGGAGAGAAACCGUAUGAGUGUAGUCACUGCGGAAAAUCCUUCAGCCAGAGCUCUCAUCUUAACGUGCACAAAAGGACUCACACUGGAGAGAAGCCCUAUGACUGCAAGGAAUGUGGCAAGGCUUUCACCGUCCCUUCAUCCCUUCAGAAGCAUAUGAGAACCCACACUGGAGAGAAGCCCUACGAAUGCAGUGACUGUGGGAAAGCCUUCAUUGAUCAGUCAUCCCUUAAGAAACACACACGGUCUCACACUGGAGAGAAACCUUACGAGUGUAGUCAGUGUGGAAAAUCCUUCAGCACAGGCUCUUACCUCAUCGUGCACAAGAGAACUCAUACUGGAGAGAAAACCUAUGAGUGUAAAGAAUGUGGGAAGGCCUUUAGGAAUUCCUCGUGCCUAAGGGUACACGUGAGAACUCACACAGGAGAGAAACCCUAUCAGUGCAUUCACUGUGGAAAGGCAUUCAGCACCAGCACUAACCUUAUAAUGCACAAGCGAAUACAUACUGGGCAGAAAGUAUGAGUGAAAUGACUACAGGAAAGCCUUUGUUGGGCCUUUACCCCUCACUCCUCAGGUUAGAACUCACACCAGAGAGCAGCCCUGCUGUGACCAAUGUAGAAAGCCCAGGCACAAUUCUUGACUUACGCUAUACUGGGAACAAUCUUACGAAUGUUAUCGUUCUGUGAUUGUCUUUAUCAGGGAGUGUCUCAUCUUGAAAGUGUGACAGCUUGUGAACUGAUGAGUAUUAAAGGUUAUAUGGCACUCUAAAUGCUCCUUAGUCUGCACCACAAAAUUUUGAUAAAUAAUGUUUUCACCAUAAUUUAGUACUAAAUGUGGUGCAAUCCUCAUCAAGAUGUCUUGGACCUGUAGGUUACUUAGAAAUGGAUUUUUAAUGUGCAGACUCUGCAUAUUUUAGUUAUUUUUCUGUAGAUUUCUAAUUUAAUUGGAUUAUACACAGAUGCGUGGUCUUUAUGAUUAGAUUCUGUAUGACAUUAUUUCAAACAAAAUUAUUGGAGACUUGCUGUGUGGCCCAGUGUGUCGGAUACAAUGAGUAGCCCCAGAUCCAUUCCUCCUUCCCUUUCCUAAAGUAACAAAACUAUAGUUGUAUUCAAGUUGUCAGUGUGAACAAUUUUUUAAGGAACUCUCUCAACUUACUUUGCUGCUUUGAGCCUCCAUAAGCUCUUGGUUCUGGUCAGUGAGAAAUAGGCAGUGGUCACUACUCAUGGGUUCUAAAGAAGCUGUAGCAAUGGGAGUAUCUCACUUGGCAUCUUCUCUUCAACAUUUGCCCUGUGUCUCAUUUCUUUUUCUUUCCUAGAAAAUAGACCAAGAGGAUGAUAGUCAGAGGCUACUGAUUAUACUACAGGGAUAUACAGUAUCAUUUGGCUGUACCAACCUCGGGUUGCUUAUUUCUGGGCUUCAUCUAACAC